AUGGGUAUCAUUGAUAGACCGGUGAGGAAUGCGUCAGGUCGCUAUGACAAUGUUGACUUCCGCAAGGCUGCUGGAUACGAACAUUUGCCCAUCAAGUGCAGCUACAACCGCCGAGAUGUUCUCCUUUUUCUUCAGGCCAAUGCGAUCGGGUGCAAGAAGGAAGAACUGCACUUUCUUUACGAAUUGCACCCCAACUUUGCGGCCUUCCCGACCUUUCCCAUCAACCUCGCCUUCAAGCAGACGGAUCAGGAUGUCUUUGACUUCAUCGCACGCACAGUGACCGGUCACAUCCCAGGUUGCCCGCCUUUUAAUGCGCAACGGUCGGUGGACGGUGAGAGAGGCAUCGAGAUCUUGCGGCCUAUCCCUGUUUCCUCUGAUGGCUUAGAUUUGGAGGUUAGGAACAAAGUCAUCGGAGUAUACGACAAGGGUGAGCGUGCCGUGGAGAAGGAAGAACGUUAUGAGAACGGGGCUAACCAGUUAUCGCACACAGCGGGCGCUAUGAUUCUGGAGGCAGAACAGCUUCUUGUCGACAGGAAGACAAACACAGUGUACACCAAGAUGACGUCGACCGCGUUUGGUAUUGGACAAGGAGGCUACGAUGGCCCCCGUGGCCCGUCGAAGCCGGCCGUGAAGCCACCAAAUCGUCGUCCAGACGCCAUGCACAUCAUCAAAACAACACCGGAGGCGGCGCUUCUAUACCGGCUCUGCGGCGAUUACAACCCCCUGCACGCAGACGAAGCUUUCGGUCAGCGCGCCGGGUUCAAGAGAUCUAUUCUUCAGGGCCUGGGCACCUGGAAUAUGGUAGCACAUGGCCUACUGCAGGAGUUGGGCGGCAGCGAUCCCUAUCGAUUCAAAGCGUACGGCGCUAGGUUCAAGAACGUCGUCUACCCAGGAGAUACUCUUGAGACGCGCUUGUGGGUUGUUAAGAGCGAGCGAGGGGUGGACGAUAUCGUUUUCGAGACGGCUGUCAGAGAGGACGGGAGGAUUGUGCUGCGCAAAAGCACGGCUGUCACGGCUGUGAUCCGCAACGCUGCGUUCGACAAGUUCAGGUAG